GUUUUAAGGAGACGUGGACAUACCAUAAAUGCAAAUCUUCAAAAGAAGAGGGCAAAACUAACAACAAUGAACAAAAAGUUUGAUAUCCAAUUUCCUCCUCCAUAUUAUAAGUUGUGUGGAAAACACGCUAAAUAUUUUAAAGUCGAAGCAACGGUAUGUAUUCGUCAAAAAGCUCCUUUACGAGUUAAAACUUGGAAAGAAAUAUCCGAAGAUGAUUUAGCUAUAAUGUGGAAUCAUAUGAAGAAAGAAAAAUUAAAGAACGACGAAUGGUCAAAUGUCUGUAGAAGUAUGGAAGGCUACACGCAUGAGAUCCGAUGGAACAUGGUGUAUUCCAAAUGGAGAAGAAAUCAUGUGUAA